AUCUGUGAAUGAUCACAGAGGUCACAUGGUACAAGGCUAUUCACAACAGCCUUGUACCAUGUAACAAGCUGUGACCAAUCACAGCCACUCUGUAUUUCUCAAUGGCUGCAAGAAUGCAGACAGAGAGAAAGAGAAAUGAUUGCUUUUACAUCCUAUAUGGGUGUAAAAGCAAUUACUGUAAAAAAAAAAAAAAAAAUCUUCAUCACCCCCCACAAAGUAGUACAGUGUCACCAUGGUGCUAGGGUGACAGAGGAGAUAGCUGUGGGGGAUGGAGUGGUAGGAAGAGUGGAGGAGGUCGGCAAGUUAGCAGGGGGUGGGUAGGC